ACUACCGACGUCCAGCAGGUGUCGCUGCCAGGAGGUCAACAUCCUGCUGCGUCUGCGUGACCGUGACCGCAGUGCUGCACAGCCGACGCGCGUGCGUUCAGAGGAAGGAAGAAGACAGUGUGCAGAUAGAGGAAAUCAGAAAGUGACGCUGGUGCAGACAUGGACCUGCGAUCUGAGCUACUCAAAUCCAUCUGGUAUGGGUUCACGGCACUGGAUUUGGAGAGGAGCGGAAAGGUCUCCAAGUCUCAGCUGAAGGUGUUAUCGCACAACCUCUGCACAGUGUUGUGCAUCCCGCAUGACCCAGUUGCUUUGGAGGAGCACUUCCGCGAUGAUGAUGAUGGUCCGGUCUCCAGUCAGGGUUACAUGCCCUACCUCAACAAAUACAUUCUGGAUAAGGUAGUUGAAGGCGCCUUCAACAAGGAAGAUGUGGAUGAGCUGUGUUGGACCCUGACAGCUAAGAAAAACUACAAACCCAACAAGAGUUCAGACACAGUUCUGGCAGAGCGAGACGCAUUUCGGCUUUGGUGCCUUUUUAACUUUCUGUCGGAGGACAAGUACCCUUUGGUGAUGGUCCCCGAUGAGGUGGAGUACCUACUGAAGAAGAUAUGCACAGCAAUGAGUGUUGAGCUCAAUUGUGUUGAACUGGAGGACUUAUUUUCCCAAGAUGCAGUGCAGCAGAGAGGCAUCACUGUUUGGGUUUUCUUGGAGAUGAUGGAUGCAGGAAAGUUGGCCAGAGGCAUUGAUAGCAGCGUCAUCAGCAUGGCUAUAGAGGAAGUAUACAGGGAGAUCGUUGGCGAUGUCCUUAAAGAGGGUUAUUUGUGGAAAAGAGGCCAACUCAGGAGAAACUGGAAGGAGCGCUGGUUCACUCUGAGGGCGAGCAACUUGUUUUACUACACUGGGGAGGACCGCAAGGAGUGCCAGGGCAACAUUGUUUUGGAUGGCAACUGCUGUGUUGAGGUGCUGCCCGACCGCGAUGGUAAAAGGUGCAUGUUUUGUCUCAAAACGCUCUCCAAAACUUAUGAGAUGAGCUCAUCAGACACAAAGCAGAGACAAGAAUGGACAACAGCUAUUCAGACAGCUAUCAGGCUGCACGUGGAGGGGAAGACAUCCCUCCACAAGGACUUGAAACUGAAGCGGCAUGAGCAGCGUGAGCAGCGCGAGAGGAGGCAACAGGCCAAGGAGGAGGAGCUGCAGAGGCUCCGGGCCCUCCAGGAUGAACGAGAGCGAAAGCUGGAGGAGCUGGAGCUCUUGAGGGAGGCGCAGAAGCAGGCCCAGGUUCUCCUGGCGCAGAACGAAGAGAGCAGGCGCCAGCAACACGAGCAGCUCCAGCAGACCUUCGAGGUGCAGCUGCGGGAGGCCGAGGAGGUGCGAAUCAGCAUGCAGGCGGAGAUGGCUCUCAAAGAGGAGGAAGCGGAAAGGCAGAGAAAGAGGGUCCACGAGCUGGAGGAAAUGCAGAAGCGACUGGAGGAGGCAUUGCAGCAGGAGAUUAGAGCCAGGCUGGAUGAGGAGGCCUUCCGCAAUGCUCAAGCAGGGUUACUUGCUGAGGAGGAGGAGAAAAUGAAGGAGCUGAUGACCCUGCAGGAGGAGCAGGAAGAGUAUAUCCUGAAAACACAGCGGGAAUGGCAGGAGCUGAAGCAGGAGAUGGAAGCCAAAUCGCGGGCCUUGGAUGAGGCACAGAGGCAGCUGGAGGAAGUCCGGGCCAACCGGCACAGGGUUGACCAGGAUGUAGUGGCUGCUCAGAGGAAACUUCGCCAAGCGAGCACCAACGUGAAACACUGGAAUGUUCAGAUGAACAGACUAAUGCGACCCAUUGGACCAGGCGAUAAACGACCUGUGUCGAGAAGCUCCCUACCAUCCUUCCAGAUUCCGAGCCAGAGAGACCCUGGGCUGAAUCUCAGAAGGAAAUCGGGAUCGGAAGAUCGAAAUGAGCAUCUUAUAGAAAAUGUUGGUGCUGGCCGCAGAAGCGAUGCAGAUUUAGAGAGACACAACUCCCACACUUCGAAUGGAGACCAAAAUUUCCCCUAAAUGCAUGAUUCAGACAAGAUGCAUAUCCAAGGAAUCGUUGGUAUUUUGACUGGAGGAGUCAGGCCUUUCAGCAUCAACAUUUUGAUCAAAUGUCAGAUAUACUGUUCUCAGUUUAAAAAAAGGGUUUUUCAAUCUCAUAAUGAUGCACUGUAUUUGCGUUGUUAACCACUGGUGUCUGACCUGGAUACAGAACAUACCUCAGUGCCUUGUAUGAAUGGAACUGCAAGCAGCUAAGUCAGUAUGAUGUUAAAAUGCCCAAGUAUUUA